AUGAAAGACCGCCUCGGGCACGAACGCGAAUGGAAGGCCGACGAGCAAUGCCCCCAGGCGACCGCUGUCGUUCCGAAGAAGAACGUGGAACUUUGGAGCUCACUGGGCAAGACUUUCGACUCGGACGCGUUCAAGGCGCGUGCAGUCGAAUGGAUUGGUGGGGCCGUCCGUGUACCGACCCAGUCAUACGAUAAGAUGGGGCCCGUAGGCGAAGACAAGCGUUGGGAGGCAUUUGGUCCUUUCCAUGACUAUUUGCUGAAGUCGUUCCCGUUGAUUCACUCAACGCUCGAGCUCACAAAGGUCAACACGUGGGGUCUCGUUUACGUCUGGAAGGGCUCCGAUGCGUCAUUGAAGCCUCUCCUCCUGGCCGCUCACCAAGACGUCGUUCCUGUCAACCCUGACACUGUGGAUGAAUGGACUCACCCCCCCUUCUCCGGCUACUUUGAUGGGGAGCGCAUCUGGGGCCGUGGAAGUUCUGACGACAAAAGCGGCUUGAUCGGUAUACUGUCUUCGAUCGAGUCUCUCUUGGAGGCUGGUUUCCAGCCAACUCGGGGCGUUGUGCUUGCAUUUGGCUUUGACGAGGAAACCAGCGGUCUACAUGGCGCUGCGGCCAUCAGCAAGUACUUGCAUGAGACGUACGGUGAAAACUCGUUCCUGCUGCUCGUUGAUGAGGGUGGAGGAUUCGCUCAGGAGUAUGGCAGCGUCAUCGCCACCCCUGGCAUAGCUGAGAAGGGCUACAUUGACGUUCGUGUGGAGGUUACCUCGCCCGGUGGUCACUCCAGCGUGCCUCCUCAGCACACUACCAUUGGUAUUCUCUCGCAGCUACUCGUGCAUUACGAGGAGAACCCCUACGAGGCCAAGCUCUCCCGGGGUACGCCCAUAUAUUGGAAAUCCCAAUGUCUCGCAGCCUACGCGCCCGACCUCCCUGGCGAGCUCCGCAAGGCGCUCAAGAAGUCCGUCAAGUCUGACAAGGCGUUGAAGGCCGCUCAAAAGGAACUUUUCAAGAGCAAAUCCUUCCACGCGCUCGUCGGCACGACCCAAGCCAUCGACCUCAUCAACGGCGGCGUCAAGACGAACGCGCUUCCCGAGCUUGCGUGGGCUGUCGUCAACCAUCGUAUCGCUACUGAUAGCUCGGUCGGCGACGUCCAGGCGCACGACACGGAGCUCCUGAAGCAGCUCGCCCAUCAAUUCAACCUGUCGUACACGGCGUUUGGGUCUCAACAGACCGAGGAGGGCGCGCCUGCUUACGGCACGCUUACCCUCAGCGACGCGUGGGGCACUGCGCUCGCGCCUGCCCCCAUUAGCCCUAUCGACGCGCCCGAGUACGCGCUGCUGUCCGGGACGAUCAAGGCCACGUACAACGCGCACCGGAGCCUCACGGGAGAUGAGAACAUCGUCGUAGCCCCGGGCAUCAUGUCAGGAAACACGGACACUCGGUACUACUGGGCACUCACGCCGCACAUCUACCGCUACAACCACCACAACGGUGGAAACACCACGGGGAUCGCCAGUGGUGUACACACGAUCAACGAAUUCCUGGUGGCCGACGCGUUCUACGAACAGAUCAAAUUUUUCACAACUCUGAUCCUGAAUGCCGACGAGUUCCAGGCGUGA